AUGUGGUUGCAAUCAUACAUAUAUGACCAGUUGAGGUCCGAUAUUGGUUACAGCUAUUUCCUCAGUUCCAUCGCCAUGGUCAGCCAUGACGGUGCCAUUUUGGCCCAAACCUUUAACUUCCCAAAGUUGAAGCCUAACGAGGUAACAUCUAUGAUGAACGAAUUUGAUAAUCCCGGUACGUUAGCUCCGACCGGAUUGCAGAUUGGGGGAAGUAGUUACUUUGUGAUUCGAGGCGAGCCUGAUGCCAUCAUUCGAGGGACAGGAAAGAAUAUGGGGCAUAAUGUCACCAUAAAAAAGACUACUCUUGGCUUGAUCGUAUGUAUGAUGCGAGAUUUUGUUGUGUUCCGGGCAACAUGGCUGUCGAGGCGAUGGGUGAUUAUCUUAUUCAACAGGGCCUUUAACUGUUGGAGAGAUUUCGGAAAAAAGGGAUUAAAUUCGUUGGUGGUAUUCUCAAGCUGGUGA